AUCGUGUCGGACGCUGGACGAGGCGCACGCUCGAUGCGAGGCAGCGCGUGCUUUCAUGCGUGCGGAGACCGGUGGAAGCGGUACCAGGACCACGGUCAGUCCUGGACGUCCACAUCGUCCUGGUCGUAGGCGUCGCCGCGAUCUGACCCCGCGGCUGCACCGGACCAGUUCGGAAAGUGGUUGCGGACCUUGGUGUCCGCCGCCGCCGUCGUCAUCGCCGCAGCCGCAGCCGCAGCUGUAGCAGCCGUCGUCGCUGCCACCGCCACCGCCACAGCCACCGCCACCACCGCCGACCACGCGGCACAUGCACACACAUACAUACACGUGUGACAGGCGCGUGAGUGCGACGGAGAAGCGGCUACCGAGCGUGGCCGAGCGCAGGCGAGGAUCCGCGAUCGUACCUCGCGGCGUCCUGGCGCGCAGCAGCCGAUUGGUCGACGGCCCGAGGAAGUGGUCACCGCUGACAAGGGCUCGGAGCAGGCCGCCACGUGAGUCGAGUGCAGCACCGCGAGAUAGAAUAGCGCGCGCGCGCGCGCCAAGAGAGACUUUCCGACCUUCCCGACGUGCGCUCGCGACCUUCCGCAUCCGGAGAAAUAUUGGGGGAUCCCGCAGCGUGUACCCGCGUCUCUUGACCGGCAGCAGCUGCCCCGCUCGGCGGCAUACACGUUACGGAACGUUGCGGAAGCAACGCGAUCCGGAAGUGUCUUCUGGUCAGGACCGGUCCGCCGACUUUGGAGAACGCCAUGAGGUCGCACGGGGGAAGACUCUGAGAGCUCACAGGUGAAACCUCCCUCCCCUCCCUUGGCGAACAUCCCAACGACACGUUGCAAAACGUCAUGUCGUCAUGUUAUUUCGCGGCGAUGUGAGUUCCUCACCGCUGAUGACGCUCGUUGCAGGACAGAGAGACACCGGCAGAAUCUCGCGCCAUUUAUCGAAAUGAGACUAAUGGAAGUUGUGUGAUUAAGACAAAAACUCCGAGAGUGACCACGGUAUCGUACAAGUCACGUCACUCCGAUUACUUCCUGAGGAAGCGGCGUUGUGGUCUUUCAGAGGAUCUCCCCGACGCACCGGCCGAUCUCGGGGAUCGUUUCGAGUCGCUUUUAGCGUAGAAACAACGAACUCUUCUCAAUAACUCUAUCUAUAACUAUACUUCUACUUCAUACUUUAGCUUCGUGUUAGUGUAAUUAACACUCGCGUAUGCUCGAUGUCAGUCAGCUGAUCCUGCAGUCCGUAUAUCGGUCGGCCACGAUCACCCGCGAACGUUUGACGUUUCUCCCAGGUGACGAGGGAUACGGAGCGCGCAAGUGCGCCGCGGGCUGACGCUCCGACUUUGGACUCCGAAUCGAUUUACUUAAUUUCUGGCACGGUCCGAGCAGCGAGACUGACACGUUGACGUUGUCGCGCUCGCCACGUGAGUGAUCGAUCGCGACCUACGACAACGCCGUCGUGGUUCCCCUCGUCGGCUGAAGAAGCGGCUUUUCGUGCUCUUUGACUGAACCGGAAACGAAACUCGUAGCACUGCGAGUCCCCGCUGCCGGCGAUGGAGGAUCGGUUCGACGAGCGUAAUCGAGGAUCGAGGGACCAGAGGCUCGAGUCCCCGUGAUCUCGCGAACGGCCAGUCCGUUCGGGCCUCUAAUUCCCUCUUCGUGAUUGCCGAUACUCUCCUCGUCGGGAACGAUAAUAGCGCGCGCGGCAAGAAACGCACGCGCCGCGUCUGCGAAUCUCGACCGCGGCACAGGACGCAGGAGGGUCGCGCGUGGCGAAACUCUCUCGACGAGUACGACGUGCGGUUUAUAUCGUUAGCUUCGAUCGUGACACGAGCGACUGGAGGAGAGCAGGACGGGCAAUUUGUUGCCAGCAGUCGUCGAGCGCGUCCGGAACAUUUGGCGAGGAUCUCGCGAGAAGCGUGUGUUUCCUCCGUUCUUGCGUGGCGAUCUCGUGUGCGAAGGAGAUACCCCGGGAGAGUGAGAAGCACGUGAGAAAAUUCGAACUGCGAAGGUGCGUCGCUCAGAAGCGAUCGAGAGGAAUCGCAUCGACCGAUCGAUGGUGACUCGAGGAGCACAGUGACUAGGUGAACUCAUCGGUGAGAAUCGAAAGAGUGAAAAAAAGGUGGGUGCGUGCUCGGGGGAGAUAACGAGAAACUCCGGAGUCGCCUGCCGGCGCGAGAAAAGUGUAGCAGGCGUUUAAAGGCCGCCGAAUCAAGCUGGAUUUUUGCAUCCGCGAUAUGUCGCGCUUUCCUUUUCGGGACGUGAGGAGGCCCGAGGGAUCGUAGAUGAUUUCUACUGUCUGCGUCCUCGAAAGAGCUUCCAGUUCUAUGCUGGCGUACUUCCUUGGUACGACCUGGGCUUGCGUCGGAGUAGCUAGUGAACCGUAUCUCGCUGGCGACGAAAAGAAUAAGACGGGGAAGCAAUCGGCGAGGACGUGGGUGAGUGUAACGCGCGGAAGAAGAAGAAGAGGCAGUCCGGAGAGCGCAGACGCAGGCGCCGUAGGUGAUGUGAGGCUGGCGCCCGCCUCACGUUUGGGGUGAUGCCCUCCAGUGAGCCCCAUCCCCCCCAGUACCACCUUCAACACCACAACAUUCCUCCCUCGCAUCUACAGCAAAAUACGUCGACCGCGAUCGGGCAGCAUCAGCUCUAUCAGCAGCUGGUGGCGGCCCAUCAACAGCAACAGCGCCAGCAGCAACACGGCGUACCCUUUCAAAAUUCCACGUACGCGCAGCAGAAGCAAGAGAUGAGCCCGGAGGAGGAGGGGGGCCGCGGGGGUGGGUCCCCCCCGGCGGCUGGGGCUGCUCUUCAUCAGCCCCAUCACCCCCGCACGGCUAGUCCACCCUCGGGCACGGAACCCUGCACUCGCGACGCGAUACCGACACCGACACCCAUCGCGGACACAACCACCACCACCACAACUAUGACGAUGCAGUUGCAGGGUCAACAGCAACAGCAACAGCAGGAUCCGAGCCCGAGCCCGAGUCCGACGGGCGGUGACGUGGAAAAGUUCGAUGGCAAGAUCGUGUACAAUCCGGACGGAUCGGCCUACAUCAUCGAAGGUGAGAGCGAACUCAGCGAGGACGACUCUCUACCGGACGGCUGUAUCGUGGACGGGCGCGGUGUAUCGGUUCCUCACACCUUAGUUUUCCCACAAAUCGCGAGCGCGUUCUACGUGUCGCGGCUGUACGCGCAGCAGGCCUACCAGCAGCAGCAACAGCAGCAACAACGCUCCGCGGUCCAACAGCACAAUCCCGAUCUUCCCGUGAUGCACAGUUACCGGGUGAUCAGUUACAGGAGCGCGGAAGGCAGCAAGCAACCACCUCCGGCGCCCACAGUGCCACCGUCGCCUGCCGCGUCAGUACCUGUCAAGCCUAUUCUAAUGUGUUUCAUAUGCAAGCUCAGUUUUGGCUAUGCCAAGAGUUUCGUCGCGCAUGCCCAAGGCGAGCAUCAACUCACAUUGAUGGAAGACGAACGGCAGAUUCUCUCUCACUCGACCGCAUCGGCUAUUAUACAAGCCGUAGGUAGAGGAAAGCAGCCGCUCGUCAGUUUUCUGGAACCUGUCACGAGCUCGACCUGUGCGCAGGUGUCGCCCGCACCUUUGCAAAAUCAACAGCAACAACAAAGAAAUGAAUCCAUCGAGAACGAGACACCGACGACAACGAGCACGCCAGCAAGUACUCCCGGCGUGCCCAGCAGUCCUCAGCAACAGCAGCAAUCGCAACAGCAACAACACCACCAGCAGAUCCAACAGCAGCAACAACAACAACGACCCUCGCCGAGCACCCCCACCACGCCCACGUCGCAUUCGAAUCAUCCGCUCACAUACAAUCAUCAGCAACAACAGCAACAUCAGUGGAUGACCGGCGGGCAGGUGAGUGCCGCGUCUUGGGCGAAAGCGUCCGAUGCUAUGCAUUACACCUCGCCACCGCCGCCGAGUUCGUCCACCAAAGGAUCACCGUCUUCGUACGUCGCUCUCACGCAACAACCACCAAACUUUCUCACCGGCACGACGAUAGGAGUUUGUCCGGAGCAUAUGCAGGGAAGACCGAGCGGGGUGGAGUGUCCCAAGUGCGAGCUCAUACUGAACCGUCACCCUCCCGGCGGAAUGCUCGCAGGCAUCCACAGCCGGAACUCGUGUAAGACUCUCAAAUGUCCCAAGUGUAACUGGCACUAUAAAUAUCAGGAGACCCUCGAGAUACACAUGAAGGAGAAACAUCCGGAUAGCGAAACAUCCUGCAUCUACUGCAUCGCCGGGCAACCUCAUCCUAGGUUAGCGCGCGGUGAGACUUAUACCUGCGGCUACAAGCCGUACAGAUGCGAAGUGUGCAAUUACUCGACCACUACGAAGGGCAAUCUCAGCAUACACAUGCAGAGCGACAAACAUCUCAACAACAUGCAGGAAUUACAGCAAGGCGGCGGGGGUGGCUCCGGCACCAACAACCCCUCCUCGUCGCAGGACGCUCCAAUGCCGACGCGGAGUCCCCACCAUCAGCAGAAUCACAGCCCGCACCUGGCGGCCCAAGGUGGCAAUCAGAGCAAGCCGAAGCCCACGUUUCGCUGCGACGUGUGCAACUAUGAGACGAAUGUCGCACGCAAUCUUAGGAUACACAUGACCAGCGAGAAGCACACGCACAACAUGCUGGUGCUGCAACAGAACGUCAAGCACAUGCAGACUCUGUCUGCGCUGCAGUCGCACCACCAACAGGCGCAGCACCAUCAUCAGCAGGCUCAACAGCAGCACCAGCAACAGCUCGAGCAAUUGCUGCACUUGGGCGGCUUGGACAAGCCGCAACACGCGGAGGCGGCGUUGGCAGACAUGGCUUACAACCAAGCGCUGCUCAUACAAAUGAUGACAGGCGGUCAACUGCCGCCACAAUUACCACCGGAGCUCAUGGGUGGCAUCGCAAGCAUAGGCGCCAUGGGUAAUCUUGGCGGUGACAUUGGCCUGUCGCCGGACAGCAUGGAACCGCCGCCGGAACCCGCCGACCCAGACCCCACGCAUCUCUAUCACUGCUGUGUGUGCAACAAUUUCGCCACGGAUUCGUUGGACGCGCUGAGCCAUCACUUAGGCGCCGACCGAACGAGAACUCGCGAAGGCGAAAUCCUCGUCGUAGUAGCCGGACAUUUUGUCUGCAAGCUCUGUUCCUACAAGACCAACCUGAAGGCGAACUUUCAGUUGCACUGCAAGACCGACAAGCAUCUGCAACGUCUGCAGCACGUAAACCACGUGAAAGAGGGUGGCCCGCGGAACGAAUGGAAACUCAAGUACUUGGCGUCGCCCACGAGCGCUGCGCAAUUGCGCUGCCACGCGUGCGACUACUACACCAACAGCGCUCACAAACUGGCACUGCACGCCGCCUCGCCCAGGCACGAGGCCGCGGCGCUUCUGCUACGUCACCUCGUCGAGACGAGCAGCAACAUCCAAUCCCCAGGCAAACUGUAUCACUGCGCUCUGUGUGCGUUCAGCGCGCGACACCGAUUGCAGCUACUGCAACACGUGAGGUCGUUGCGGCACCUUCAGAUGGAGCAACUACAUCAGCUCCAGCGACGAAACAGUUUCCAAGGCAGCGAAACCCCGCACACGGAUAUCGGCGACGUGUUUCAGGUGAUGAGCGACCCUGACGUGCCGUCCACGCAACAAUGCAGUCCGACCACACCGACAACACCGAAUGCUGCGAGCGCCAACAGUGAACGGCGGGAGGAGGGUAGCGAGUGCGGCAGCGAAGUGAAACAAGAACCAGACAACGAUCCAGAACAGGAACAAGAGACCGAAAACGAUCAAGAGGACAUUACGUGCCUGUACUGUACGUACCAGCCGACGUCUAGGGAAGAAUUACGGCAACAUUUGCAAGUGGCUCACGUUCAAGAUUCGGAGGAGAAGGCCGAGACGGUAAAGGAGGAGCCACAGCCGGAAUUGUUGUGUCCACUGUGCCAAGACAGCUUCAAGGAGCGUCCCGCUCUGGAGAAGCAUGUGAUGCAAAUCCACUCCGUCAACACGGACGGUCUGCAGAGGCUAUUACUGUUGGUAGAUCAGAGCCAUUGGCUGAACAACAACCCACGUAACACCUCGAUUCCAGCUGUUACGACGCCAACAUCACCCACGACUACGACGAAACCGCAGCAAGAAGAGGAAAUGAGCGAGCGGGGUGGUAGCGACGAGAUCGAGGAGAUCACCAGAUGUACCGUGUGCGGCCGGAUUUGUCGUUCCAUCGAAGAGCUGCAACAACACCACCGGGAGGCACACCCGGCCACUACGCCUACGCUGGCAGUCAGCGAGAAACACGUGUACAAGUAUCGCUGCGGACAGUGCAGUCUCGCGUUCAAGACCCUGGAGAAACUCCAGCAGCACUCGCAGUACCAUGCCAUCAGGGAUGCGACCAAGUGCGCCUUGUGCGCACGAUCAUUUCGUUCGGUCCAAGCGCUCCAAAGACACUUGGAGUCCGCCCACGCGGAUCUCCACGAGGACGAGAUGGCUCAAUGCAAGCAGAGUUUGAUCCAUGUACACCCGCUGCUUCAGGCGUUCACAGAAGAAGCGUUGAGGAAGCAAGGUGGCCUGAUAGUCGAGCAGAACGCGGAGGACGAGGCUGGCAGGGGUGACGAGGAGGAGAGCGACGCAAGCGACUCAUCCCCGUUGCACAAGGAGCACCGUCUACUGGAGGAUUACCUGAACAGCCCGCAGAUGGCCGAAGACAGCUAUCACGAUCCCAAUCGAAAAUUCAAGUGCCACCGAUGCAAGGUAGCCUUCACGCGGCAGAGCUACCUCAGCGGCCAUAACAAGACCUUGCUGCACCGCAAGGGAGAAAAGAUGUCUUAUCCCAUGGAGAAGUAUCUUGACCCGAACAGACCGUAUAAAUGCGACGUUUGCAAGGAGAGCUUCACGCAGAAAAACAUACUUCUGGUGCAUUACAACAGUGUGAGCCACCUGCACAAAUUGAAGCGGGCGAUGCAGGAGCAAGGUAAUAACAACACGUUAAUCUCGGUCGCACCGCCGGCAAGUCCGACUGAGUCGCCGGACUCCCAGCAGGAUCAGGACAAAAAACCCUACAAAUGCAACAUCUGCAAAGUCGCUUAUUCUCAAGGCAGUACAUUGGAUAUCCAUAUGAGAAGUGUGCUUCAUCAUACGCGCACUAGUAAACUACCGGAUCUGGCGGCUAGUGGACAAGUGGACCUUGGCAGGCCGUUGAUCGAGCAACCACCGCCAAGCAGCCCAAACAGUCCACCCGUCAAUACCAACACAAGCAACGCGGGCGGGAUGUUGACUUGUCAGCGAUGUAGCGCGCUGUUCGUUAAUCAGGAACAACUGGCGACGCAUCAACAGCUCUAUUGCAUUUUCACGAAUCCACUAGCGUUGUUUCAACAGUUUACAGCGGCGCAGCAGUUGGCCUCGUCCACCCCGGCCAAGACUCCGCCGCCUACGUCCACUACGCCGGGACCUCAACACAUGCAACAGACUACUCAGCACUCACAGACGCCGGACAUUCUCUCGCAGCCGCGGCACAAGACCUCGCAUAUGUACAAACACCUGUUGGAAAGCUUCGGCUUUGACCUUGUGAUGCAGUUCAACGAAAAUCACCAAAGACGCCGAAAGGAGGAGGAGGUGGCCGCCGCUCUGCAGGCGCAGCAGGAACAGCAGAAACAAGAGCAGCAGAAGCAAGCUCUCGCAGCGCAAGCUGCACAAGAGCGAGAAGAGGAAGCCGAGGAGCACACUGACGAUGACGUGAUACCCGAGUUAACGCGCAGCACUUGCCAGCACUGUAACAAGGAGUUCAGCAGCGUCUGGGUGCUUAAGGCUCAUUGCGAAGAGGUACAUCGCGAUCUAGUACCGCGGGAGUUUCUUGAGAAGUACGUCCAACAGUUCAAAUGUGAGUAUGAGAAGAAAAGCGUCGUAGUGACCGUGGCGACUUCUUCGUCAACUACUACUGCGCCGCGGAGUUCGACUCCCGCUGCUGCGCAACCACAAGAUCUCAGUGCCGAUAAGGAGUCGCGCGAAAAGGAGAAGGAGGAGAUCGACAGCAAGGAGCGCAUUAGCCGUACGCCGGAAGCCACGUCCACCACACCGGCGACCACCCCAGCGUUAAGCAAUACUCCCGUCUCCAGCACGGAUUCUACGACACCGACUGCGAUGCCUAGCAAUUCGCAACAUCACAUUCAGCAGCAACAACAGCAGCACCAACAACAGCAGCACCAACAGCAGCAACAGCAACAGCAACAACAGCAGCAGCAGCAGCAGCAGCAGCAGCAGCAACAACAACAGCAGCCGCCGCAUGUUCAGAGCAUCUCAUUGGCGCAACAAAUGUCGGAAAUGCAAGCUGCUAUAAACGCAAUGGCGGCAUCGCAACUGCAACAUCAGCUGCAGCAAUAUCCGGGACUGAUGAUGGGGAUGAUGGGUUUACCAUUGGGAUUGAACGCUCAUGCUUUGGCCGCCAUGAAUCUACAGCCGCCUCUAGUGCCAAUGAUGUUACCGCCACCGCCGUAUGACGGCGCUACGGCCGGAUAUCCUUCGAUCAACGCUCAAGCAGAUCUUCUUGCCAAGCAACAUCUUGCUCUUCAGCAGCAGCAAGCAGCAGCAGCGGCGAAUGUUGCGGCAUCGCAGAAACGAGCACGUACGCGUAUCACUGACGAUCAACUAAAGAUAUUGCGGGCCCACUUCGAUAUUAAUAAUUCGCCUGGAGAGGAACAAAUUAUGGAAAUGGCUACUCAAAGCGGUCUACCACCUAAAGUUAUAAAGCAUUGGUUCCGUAAUACGCUGUUCAAAGAACGACAACGUAAUAAAGAUAGCCCUUACAACUUCAAUAAUCCGCCGAGCACUACUCUGAAUCUCGAGGAGUACGAGAAGACCGGUGAAGCGAAGGUGACUCCGUUAAACUCCAGCGUGUCGGGAAGCAGCUCCUCCGAUGACAAAAGCCCGAAUAAACAGGCAUCACCGCCACCGUCGAUGCAGAACGUGAGCACGUCGCAACAGCCUGCCGAGAUCAAACAGGAGGCACCCGAGCAGACGCAGUGCCAGCAACAACAGCAACAGCAGGCGUUGCAACAUCAGGAAGACCAGCAACAUCACUCCCCCGGUAGCUCGGGUGGCCAACAAUCGCGACCACACUCACCCGCUCUCAGCAUGAGCUCCGUGUUCUCCGGUAUCCAUCACGACGUUUCGUCCCAUCCUUCGACAACCACAAACGCCCCUAGCACUCCGAUGUUACCUCCGCCGAAAUUGACGCCCCAGAACUUUGUUAAUCCAACGCCGGGAGCAGGCAGUGUUGUGCCAGGCGCGAUCGCCGCCAUGGCACUCACUCCGCAGAGGUCCCUCAGUCCGGGUCGCGGGCCGACGGAUUAUUCCUUCGUCGGCAAUAGUAACGGCAGCAACUCGUCCGGCAGUAAUUCCGGUAAGCGUGCCAACCGCACUAGAUUCACCGAUUACCAAAUUAAGGUUCUCCAGGAAUUCUUCGAGAAUAACGCGUACCCGAAGGAUGACGAUUUAGAAUAUCUCAGUAAACUCCUGAGUCUGAGUCCUCGCGUGAUCGUAGUGUGGUUUCAAAAUGCUAGACAGAAGGCACGUAAGGUCUACGAGAAUCAACCCGCGCCCGAGCUCGUAAUACCGGGCGGACGCGAGAGCGAUGACAGCAGCGGCAAUGGAAACGUACCGGGUAGAUUUCAGAAAACAGGUUCGACGUACCAGUGCAAGAAGUGCCUGCUCAUAUUUCAGAAAUAUUAUGAGCUCGUGCGCCACCAGAAGUCGCACUGCUUCAAGGAGGAGGACGCGAAGAGAAGCGCCCAAGCUCAGGCCGCCGCGGCGCAAGUUGCUGCGAUUUUAAGCUCGGAAGAUAGCAACAGCAGUUCCACCACAACCGCGAACAACACGGUGACGGGCAGCAAUCCAUCGACCGUGUCCGCGCUUGCUGAACAGUUGCAGCAAUCAUUGAACACCGUCACACCUCCGCACCAUCAGCAACAAACGUUGACGCAGACCCAUCAGCAGUCACAGCAACAACAGCAGCAACAGCAGCAGCAACAACAGUCGCAGUCGCAGACGGAAUCGAAAGAAGGCAGCUUUCAAUGCGACAAGUGCAACUUGAUGUUCGGACGCUUCGAUCUUUGGCGCGAGCACCAAUUAGUACAUAUCAUGAACCCGUCCCUAUUUCCGCCGUCGUACCCACCUGACUCGCCCUUUGGAAUUUUGCAACAGCAAGCUCUGAACGCUACCACCGGAGUCGCAACAGAAGCUCCGCAUCCGCUUAUCACUCUGAUGCAAGAACGCAAAAGGAAGUACGACGAUUUCGAGGAGAGUACGGGCGGAGACACUCGUUCGAAUUCCGAGCACAGCGAACAGCCAAAGGACAAGCGUCUGCGUACAACGAUACUCCCGGAACAAUUGGACUAUCUCUACCAGAAGUAUCAAGUAGAGUCGAACCCAUCGAGGAAGAUGCUGGAGACGAUCGCGCGCGAGGUCGGCUUGAAGAAGCGCGUGGUGCAGGUAUGGUUCCAAAAUACCCGUGCUCGUGAACGCAAGGGACAGUUCAGAGCCCACAGCCAAGUGAUCAACAAGCGCUGCCCCUUCUGCCCGGCGCUGUUCAAGGUGAAGUCUGCGCUGGAGACUCACCUCAGUAGCAAGCACGCCGACCAAGUAGCGCGCGGCGAAGUUAACAUAGACAACAUACCGGACGAGGAACUCUCGAUGGAGUCGGCACCUUCCAAUUCCAGCACCCCCAACAUGAUGCCGCCAAUGUUCCCCCCACUGACCAGUGAGGUGGAGGCUUCUUUGAAAAGAUACUACGAGGAGUCGAUGAAACGAUACAUUAGUGAACUACAGGCGCACGCUAGCAACGGCAAGCAGGAGACGUCGAACCAUCAGGCCAGCAGCGGCGAAUCACCGUUAGAUUUGAGCAAACCAGUCGACCUCAGCCGUCCAAUGAUGAAACUAAGUUUGGGUGGUUUGAGCAAUCUCCUUGAGGAACAACACGGAGCACAUUUUCGUGGCGGUAGCGACUGCGGGCCUCUCACCGACCUGUCUGAGCGCAGUGUCUGCGACGAAGAUAGCAUGAGUGAGACCACGGAGUUUCUGGACGAUGAGAGCGGACCGGCAAGUCCGGCAUCGAGCACUCAGAGCUCAAGGCAGGGACCUGCCAGCGGAGGCACUGGUAAUACCACCGGCGGACCAUCGGCGACAAGUGGUCAGUCGGGCGGCAACGCCAGUCAAUCCGGAGGCAAGCGUUAUCGCACGCAAAUGUCGGCUACUCAAGUGAAGGUGAUGAAGUCGCUGUUCUCGGAUUACAAAACGCCUACGAUGGCUGAAUGCGAGAUGCUCGGCCGCGAGAUCGGACUGCCAAAGCGCGUCGUUCAGGUCUGGUUUCAGAAUGCCCGCGCUAAAGAGAAGAAGGCUAGGCUAGCAGCGGGUCUCCCGGCAGAGGGAUCAGCUGUGCAACCACAUCGCGGGCCAACCGGGCCCGACGAAUGUAGGUUGUGCUCCGUGCGAUAUUCGGCCAAGACUCCGCUUCAGGAGCAUGUGUUCUCGCGGCGGCAUAUCGAGUCGGUGCGCGUCGCUGUCGAAGAGGGUAGCCUCGUGCCACCGACUCCUGGAGCACCUAUCGUACCCGGUGGUAGUGGCGCCGUCGGUGUAUCGGGCAUCGGCAACUCGUCGGUAGUUUCCGCGGUUAGUCAGCAAGUUAACCAGCAGCAGCAACAGCAACAGCAAGCGGACGAAAACAUGAUGUACGGAUCCUUGUUCCUCCACCCCACGGCAAUGUUCCAAUCGCAGCAGCAGCAACACCCCGCAGGCGCUGCCACGAGCACAACUACGACCACGGCUGUAGCGGCUGCGGGCUUGAGCGGUGGCCUACUCGGAAGCGGUCUGAUGCCGCUGCACGUGGAGGGCGGUUCUCAGGUGCAGGUGCCGCGGUCCCUGAUGCAAGCGUUCCUACAGCAAGACCCCAACCACCCCGGUCUGGAGACGGUCCGUCUGCCGAGCCCGGCACAGUGUGGCGCCGACGAGAACGGGCCGCCGCAGCACUGUCGCGAAGUGGAGACCGAGUUGUGCCUGGUGUGCCGCCGCUGCAGCAGGGCGUAUCCGCAGGAGUCGUCGCUGCUGGCGCACCAGCGCUCUUGCUACCUGGGCAAUCAGCAACGCCGCGGCGCCCUGCGCCUCGUGCAAGCACGUUACGCCUGCUCGCUGUGCGAGCCCGGCGUGCCGACGCGCAUCUACACCACCGUAGGCGAGUGGCGUCGCCACGCCGAGACGUUGCAGCAUCGCGCGCGUCUCGAGGCCGCCCAAGAGCGCCAGCAGCACCAACAGCAACAACAGCAGCAGCAGCAGCAGCAACAGCAAUUCGCCAGCGUGGACGGCGGCGUGCAAUCCGGCGAGGAGACGAAUCCCCUUACCGACGAGAUGGAAGACGUCGUCAAUCAGAUCACCCUGCUGGCGGCACGAGCCGCCGCCGAGAGCACCACCGGUCAGCCUCAGGCUGGCGGCGGCGGCGAGAAGUCCAGCCAAGACAACAACAACGGUCCCGACGUCAAACGACAAAAGCUGGUGCAGGAGGUCGCUGCCCUCGCCGGGGCACGUUAAAUGCCGCCCGAGGAGCUGGAUCUCGGGGGUUGAUCUACCAUCUCUCGCAGAGACAGGGACGGCACGUGCGACGGCACAGACUAGGAGGACGUGCGGAAGAAGCGGAAAACGGGCAGGUGGAAGAGACAGGGAGAGAGGGUGGAAAAGGCUGGAAGAGCGAGGCACAGCAAUCGAUGGACGUCGCUUGGAGGAGAUCAGACUCGAGGACCUCGCAGUGGACGAGCAAUGUUCCUAACCGGCGAUCAACGGGGUAGCACGGGUGUACACCUCGGUGGAGAUGGUCAGGUGCACACAUCGGGUUCUCCACCGUGGACAUUGCGGGGUGCGCACCCCGGGGUGCAUCUACCCCGUGGCGGUGGAGAGGGGCCAGGGGAGGGGCGGAGGAGGUGGUGGAGGAGGAGGAGGAAGACGCGAAAUGCGCGAACGGUGGACCACACUAUCGCGAGAGAUCAGAGAGCGCGUGAUCAUCGUCCAUCCUCUCUCUCUUUCUCUCUCUCUCCAUCUCUUUCUCUUGAAUUGUCGUCGUUUGUGCACCGCCACUGCCGCGUUACCAGUUAAACGAACCACUCCCCGCCCUCCCCUCGCCGCCUCCUCCCAGCUUCUCCGGGCCCCCGCCCCCGAUUCGCCUAUUAUUUUUGUAACGCGAAUCCUGCGCAGCGCGCGCCGUGAAGUUGCGCGCUCUCCAAAGUUCCUCUCGUAGCACGAAAGAAAAUGCGAGCGAAGAAGAAGAAGAAUAAACAAAUAAUGAAGGGGAGAGAAGGGAGGCGAAAGGACAGAGAGACUCGACGAAGACGAGCGUAGGGACAAGAGUGGCGGAAUCGCCCCGGGGAGUCGAACGAGCGCGUUCGGGGAAUCCUCUUUACCGGUCAGCCAAACAACAACCGGUCGUCGGUUGGUCGGUCGGUCGGUCGGUCGGUUGGUCGGUCUGUUCGAUCGGACCGAUCCGAUGGGUGCAUGUCUCGGAGCGAUGCGCGCGGCACGUUUACAGGAGAGGAGAGAAACGGCGAGUUCCGGAGGGAAAGUGCGUCGACGACGCGGAACGACGCGCGUCGAGGUGGGUUAACUUAAACGUUCCUAUGUAAAGUAAUAAUAAAGAUUUAAAGCAGAGUUACUACAAAGAGAGAAAAAGAAGCAGGAGAGAGGAAAGAAAAGAAAACGAGGCGCAGGUGGGAAACAGGCGGACGCUGACAAGGCGCGGCGUGGUAGGGUAGUUGUGUGAUGCGCGGCGCGCGAAACUGAAAACGCCGCCAUCGUUACGAAUACGUACGUACAUAUUCAUAUAUAUAUAUAUACAUACAUACAUACAUCUAUAUAUAUAUAUACAUAUAUAUAGAUAUCUGACUGUCUCUCUCUAUCACUCUCUUUCUCGUUUUGACGCGCGUAUGCACGUGGCUUUCCACGGAUCUGUGUGUAUGCGUGCGCGCGCGUGUGUGUGUCUCUCUGUUUUGUGCGUGCGCUCGUACAGAUGAGUGUGUAUGUGUGUGUGUAUGCGUGCUUGCGUGCGUGCGUGCGUGCGCGUGUUUCGGAAAGGCACAGUGGAUCGUUCAGCGACUUCGAUGGCGAUGUCGUAAAGUGAAAAAGAGAAAAAGAAGAGGGACACUAUCGCGCGUUUUGUAUUUGUCACGAACGAGACAGAGAUAUCCGCGAUUCGCGCGAAAUCGAUGAGCAAUGAAAGAAAAUUCAACAACUGUACACGCACACACGCACACAAUACGCAUACCUUUUCUCUGUCACUUUCUCAUUCACAUGCACACGCACUAUACACACUCGCCCACACAGGCACCCCACACCAUACUACACCACACACACACACACGUAUACACGCGCGCACUGUACGCACACGGUACUCGACAACUGGGAGCGAGAGGGUGGCACGUGCGUUUUUUUUUUUCUUUUUUUUUCUUCUGUUUUACUUUUUGAGCGCUCUUUAUUUGCUGCAAUUCGACAAAAGGGGAAAACGAGACGUAACGUGACGGCGGACGAAAGGGAAAACGCGACGGUGUGCAUGAGGCGGCAAUUAACCCCGUUGCCCGUCGGCGACACGACUCGCGUGCGCGAACGAGCAAGCAAGACCCAGAAACACAUGGUUCCUAUAUUUAAUAAAUUAUAUUUAAUAACGCUAAACAAAUGAUUUAGUAAUAACAUUAAUGAUAAUAAUAACAUUAAUAUUAAUAAUAAUGAUAAUAGAGUAACAGUACUACUAAAGUAAGUUAAUGAAACUAAUAAUAACGUAACGAUAGUAAUAACGAGAUAGGCAUUAGAGAGCUGUCGGUAGCUGUAACGAUUAUUGCUAGCAAUGCUCGACGAUCGAAACACAACCGGUCGGCACACAUCGACACUCGGGGCUAAGAGAGGGAGGGGGCGACCCGAUACCGUCGAAGGGGGACAGUAUCUGACCUCCGUGUUCUCCGACCUUUCUCUUCUCCGUGUCGGGCGAGGGUCUCGCGCGCGUGCGUGCGCGCGAGAGAGACAGAGAGAGAGAAAACGAAAAAUCGAGCGAGAAAAUUUUUAAAUCUGCGAUUAGAACCGGGAGAAGUUCGCGAGAGAAGACGGAAAGGCACAGAGCAACAAAUCGCUCGCUCGCUCGCGUCUCGUAGGUAUGACGCGUAUUUUUCUCGCAUCGACUGGAGCCAUGGGUUGGAGAAGGCGGGCUAAGAAUCCGGCCUCUCUCGAUCGACGACAAGGAGAGGAAUCGCGUGUAAAAUCGAGAACAACAAACAAUUCACUAUUAGGGGGUAAGCUACGAAUAAAUAACGACUAAACCGUAGAGUAUAAGGGACAAGGGGAUGAGGUAGGGCGCGGGGGCAGGACACGCGUGUCGUCAGGGACGGCGCAUGGACGCACGGAGAGACACACACAUUUUCUCACACGCAUAGGGGUAUAUAUAUAUAUAUGAAAAGAAGUAUAUAUAUAUAUAUAUAUAUAUAAAUAAAUGAAUAAAAAAGGGAAUAAAUAAGAAGAAUAUAUAUAUAUUUAAGUAGAUAAAUAUAUAUAUAUACAUAUAUAAAUAUAUAUAUAUGAUGUUGUGACGUACUAGAAUCCUCGCGGAUACUAUCCGGAACGGUGACGUGUCUACACGCGUACGUACGUCGUGUUCCUCGCUCUGGUAGCGCUCUAAGGGCGUACACGAAGAAACGAAAGUUCGCGCAUGCGGCGAGGCGGCGCGGUAUGCGAGAGAAGAAAAUGCGUAAGUGCCGGAAGUGCCACCGGAAGUUGCGAAAGAAAAACGAAAAAAAAAAGGAGAGAGAAACAAAACGAAAAACAGACACCGCGGCGUUUUACGCGCCGCGUUCUUGAAUUUACGUGAAUCAUUAGGUUAAAAGGGAGAAGAGCAAAGCGAGAAAAACUGGAUAGAGAACCGGGGAGAACGAGGGUGUCGCGUGCACACAGAACGAAGAAGAAACGGCACGGGGAGGGUUGAAGGAAUGCACCGACGGAUGGGCGCGUUCGUCUCCGGGGGCGGGGGAAUGGGGCUCGAGAAGCCGGGGGAGAGUGUCUGAGAUUCGGGGGCGUUUAGAGCACGUGGUCGUUGAGAUCAAACGAAAAGCGAAGUAAUAACUAUUUCUAAGGUACUAAGCAACUCGAGGUUCCUGUCUGCAAAAGAUGCUUUUUCUAACGUAACGUUGGUAAAAAACGGCGAUUAUUAAUAUUAUAUUUGAAUUAUUAUUAUUAUUAUGAUUAUAGAUUACGAUAUUAUAUUUACAUGUAUGUGGUCAUGUAUUGAUUAUUAUCUAUAUAAACGUUACAGCGUUGAACUAGCGUACAUUUAACACACGUACACGUUCCAACGGACACGCGAAUACACGCAUACAUACGUACAAACAAACGAACUGACAAGUAAGAAAGCAACAUACACACACACACACACACAUACACGUAUACACAUACUCACACUAGGAAGAACACAGUUAAUCGAAUUGCUAAUAUCGAAAUUUUCAGCCGAUCGUCUUUCCCGACCGGCACGAUCCUCUUUUACAGGACGUACCGGCCAAGAGAAAAAAAAAAAGAAAAAAAAAAGAAAAGAAAACGUGAAAUCUCUCUUCGUAUAAAAAAACCGAUACCUCGCAGAAUAAGACAAUUAUAACGACGGGUGCGACCGAUCCCGUGCGACUAAUUAAGGCGAUCGUCGCGGACUCGCGCGCGUUCGACGGCUGCAAAUCCGUACUCUAUCUUCAGGAUCACCGCAAACCAUGAGAACCCUAACACUAACACGAGCACGGGGCAACAUGUUCCGAGAGAAUAGAAAACGCGCGAGGAAAAAGACGCGACGGCCUGAUCCGAGACGCUAAGAUUACGAGAAAAAGAGGGAGAGAGAGAAAAGUGAAAAAUUCGCGCAUUUUUUGCCGCGUUUUCCUACGUGUGCGCGUAUAGAACCGCGUAUAGAGGAGGGGGUGAAUAUGCAUUUGAACGCACAAGAGAUCGCGAUCUUAGUUUUUCGAAUUCGCAUUCGCGAGGGGUAAGGAAAAAAGGGCGCCCCGUUAUCAUUAAUAGGCAUUGUAGUAUGCGUCCACAUGCAGAGCCAAUUAUCAAACAUGUACAUCCAUAGAGAGGAGACGCAACACCAGAUACAUACAUACACAUACACACACAAUCGUACACGCAACACACACACACACACACAUGCACGGCAUAUUCACACACACACACACACACAUACACACGCGCGACACUGAAAUCGAAUUUUGUGUACGAACUCUCAGAGUUACACAUCGCAUACGAGCGUGACUCUCAAAACGCGGCUACGUACGUGCGCGUGUACGCAAAACCGGCGCGUCGGUUUUGGCGUUUUGAGUUUCGAGUACGGGAGAUUGCGUGAUAGAGUAACCGAACCUCGCUACUAGCUGUUCCUAAAAAUCAACAAUGAGUGAGUGAUAAGCGUGCGCGGAUUAUGUAAUGGAGUGAGAUGAGCUAACGACUAUGAGAACGAGAUGUGAAAACGAGUGCUAUAUACAUAUAUUACUGCGUUGCGGAGAAUAAAAAAGAAGAGGAGGAGGAGGAGGAGGAGAAGGAGGAGACAGAGGAGGAGGGGAAGGAGGAGGAGAAGGAGGAGGAAAAAAAGGAGGAGAAGGAGGAAGAAGCAGAAGAAGAAAGCGCGCGACCGACGCCGCCGACGCCGUUUUCCGUCGACACGCGGACGCAUUGCCCUCUCGUCGUGAGACAGCAGACGACGCGCGCAAUCGAUCGAUGCUAAUGCACAAUUGUCCCUCUCCCUCUUUCUCUCUUUCUCUAUCUUUUUCUCUCUCACUCUCUCUCUCUCUCUCUUUCUCUCUCUCUUUCUCUCUCUCUUGCCGCGAGAACUUGACGAACAUGCUCGACGAUCGCGGGAUCGCGAGCGGCUCGAUCGACCGCGCACUUUUAUGGAAAGCGCAGUUUUGCGCCGGCGCGAUUUUUCGCACGACGCGAGAGAGAGAGAGAGAGAGAGAGAGAGAGGAGAGAUGAGAGGUCGCGUCGGGGCCGAUUCUCCCGCGAGCUUACCGAUGCUUACCGAGCAUCCCUCGAUGACGGUGACGACGGAGGAGCGUCGGCGCGACCGACACGUCGCGCAAACCGGCAACCGGGAUGAGAAUGCAUCGCUGGAGGAACGGAACGUUCGCGACGGCGAGAUGGAAAAGGCCACGGCGACGUCAGAGUUUUUCAUUUUUGUAAUGUCGUUGAGUUUCUACGAGAAAUGCGUUGAGCGUGUCUAUUUAUUAUGAGCUCUAUUGAUUAUCUAUAUAUUGCUAUUGUGACUCUAUUAUUGCGAUUAUUACGAUUAUCACAUUAUUAUCAAUUAUUAUUAUUAUUAUCAUCGUCAUUAUUAUUAUUAUUAUUAUCAUUAUUAUUGCGGCAAUAUUACGUUAUUAUCUCUCGCCAUUAUUAUUAUUGCCAUUAUUACCAUGAUUAUUAUUACACCAUUAUAUUGCCGAUUGACUUGCGGAUCUGUUCGAGCGACACUUGAUUGACUAUUAAUUAAUAAUGGAUACUAAUUGAUAACGAUAGCGACUAAUUCUUGUGAGAGAUUGCCAUGUGUAUAUCUAUAUGUACUCACUAUGGGGGCACCGUGAGCCUCGUGUGGGCCCGCACGCCCACCGACGGCGCGGGGCACCCGAAACGCCGGCCCGGGCAACCCCGAUGAUGUUGGCGCCGCGCAUCGGCUCGCGGCACGCGAUGGAGAUAACCGAGAAGCGCGAGAGAUCCACGACGUGUGUAUGUGUGUGUGCGCGCGCGUGUGUAUGUGUGUGUGUGUGUGUGUGUGUGUGUGUGUGAGAGCGCUCAUCAAGUGAGACUCGCUCGAGUCGCACGGGAGACCCAAGACGAUAGAGUCUCGGACCUAUACGACGGACACCCGAGAGCGCCUCUCUUCUCGCGCCUCUCGCCGGGCCCUUUUUGUAAAACGCGGAGGCGCAAGGAGAGACUGGCGACGGGGGGACGCGACCUUUUGCGAAGAACGACGCGCACGCAGGCACCAACACGGACCGACGGAAUUACGCGUUUCGCCGAAACACAGGAGGACCGACAUUGCGAACGUACCGUGCGUUUCACCUGGCUGCCUGUCAAACCUGUUCAUCUUUUACGCGCCGCGGCGGAGAAGAAACGGACUUUCUCAGCGGCGGGACAAUACGCGGUGUAUUUUUCCGUCGCAACCCCACACACAUACACACACACGCAUACAUACAUAUACCCACGUUCCCCGUUGUGUUUUGCAUUGCACAUCACAGUUGCCAACCACUUAAGUACGCGUCGGUGUCUCGCACCUUUAGUUCCCGUCGCGGGAGGGUUCACGCGGACUCGUUUCAUUGAACCCCCGUUUAACGUGGUACGCGCGCUCGUCGCGUCGCGCAGAGGGUAACGAUCUAGCGCGAUCGAUGAUCGAGCGAGCGGCAGGGCGUAGGGAGGGAAGCAGGGGGUGCUCAAGAAGACGGAGUCGCCACGAGUUCGCGUACUCUCGCCCGCGCGGUCACCGCUCUCCGUAAUCUACGCGCGCGCUCUCCCUCUUUUGUGUACAGACUUAUUAUGCCCGCGUUCACGGUGCCACAUACACUGUAUUACACGCGUAACACGCGCGUAGUUCACACGCACGUCUAGAUUUUGUAACGGCUGCGAAGAGUAGGAGGAGGAGGAGGAGGAGGAGAGAGCCAGUGACGUGCACGCGCGCGAAACGCGUAUUUUAUCGACGACGACGACGACGACGACGUGCACACACGCGUGUGUGUGCACGCAACACGUACGUACACACAUACGCAACACGACUCACGGUCUAACGACGAUAAACACGUCUGUACCUGUAUACGCACGAGGAAAGGGGAUAAUACACGCGGGCGAGACAGUGACACGCGUGACGUACAUUCGUAUACACGUGUGCGUUCGAGAAACCCCGGUAAAACGAACGCGGAAGGAGGUGAAGGAGGAGAAGGAGGAGGUGAUGGUGGUGGAAAGACGAAUGUGACGGCAGAGUCGCAAUCGGAGGCGCCAACAUCGUGCGGAAAAAACGGGCACGGUGCAAUCAUGUUCCUAUUAGGUUUCAUAUCUAAGCGAGUAAUUAAUUAUACCAGUAAAUAUAAUGAUGAUG